AUGUCUACCUAUGAGUGCCUUUUCCAGCGCCAAAUGGAUAACGAGUUUGUUGAGUGCAGCGUCGAUGUUUUCUUGGAGCAUUAUCUUCCAUUUGAGCCUUCUGAACUAGCUGUCGAAGUAUGUAUCUUGAGACUUCUUGGAAAGGACCCUGUUCCCACCAGCAAUGCUACUGAAGGUUACCCCAGCCCCGAACAGGCUGCAAGAGCGCUUAGACGAUCCACAUGCUUAACACCACUUCAUCAACCUGUCAAUGACAAAGAACAGCCAAUAUUGUCGGAAGUCAUACUGGAGGAAACCACUGCUCUUCGAUUCACCGACUAUAUGGAACGUCCUAGUAAACAAGAGGCAGUGGAGAAGACGUUAUUUGCUCCCUUGAAGUCUAUCGCUGAUGCCGUCGGAGGCUACAGCGAGACCUGUGACGGGAGGGUUCGCAACAAUUUUCAGUAUCUGAAUUGCACGGAAAGAGUUAUUUCGUCGGACAUCGGGGGCUCAAACAAUAGGAUAGAUGCCUGCUUUUCAAAUGGAGGAAAUGAUCUGUACACAAAGGAUAUCGCUGUGCCUAUUGAGCAAAAGGUCUCCUGCGCCAACAGGGAUUUAGUAGUAUCAGCAAAUGUUCAAAUCAUGAACGAUGACGUGCGGCGCAUGUUCACCUAUGGGAUGACGUUUGAAGGUGAUAAGGCAACGCUGUGGUAUCAUUGUCGCUCUCAUUCUGCUGUUUCGAAACAAUUCAGUUUUAUCGAGAAUCCGAAAUUACUCGUCAAGGUGUUCCUGUCAUUUCUAUUUGCAACACACGAGGAACUCGGCUACGAUCCUAACGUCACUGCGGUGAAAGGCAAGAAGCGUCAAUACAUUUUCAAAAUCCCCAGUUCUGACGGGAAAUCGGCCAAGUUCUACCGCACUGUCAAGGUACUUGCUGAAUACCCCUCGAACAACAUUUCUGGUCGCAUGGCGCGUGUAUGGUUGGUCGACCGGGUUGAUUCUGAGGGCAACAAGAUUGGCGCGCAAUGCAUCUUGAAAGAUGUCUGGCUUUCCGUAAAUGCUCUCACUGAAAAGGAGAUCCAGACAACCAUAUUUGCAGAUAUUGAAAAAUACUGUCAUCCCGACAAGCCAGAUUACAACCUAGCAUUGGAUCCUCCUGAAGACUCUCCCGAGGCCUCUCUCAAUAAUAUCAAGAUGCGAAAUGCCGAGCUCGUUAAAUCUGGCGAGUACAAGCAGUAUUUCCUCGAAAUUGAAAGUGAUCAUGGUGGCAAGCCAUCCAAAGAUGUUUUGGAGGGAUGUACUCCCGUCACAGGCUUGUUUCAGAACGCACAUGCGAAUAGGAUCACAUCUGUGAACAACAAUUCUAUUCCAUCGGUGGGAUCGACACCUUUUAUAAAGAGUGGACAGCAAUGCAAGCGAACAUUUACCCCCCGGAAACAAUAUCGCGUCAUCUUUAAAGAAGUCUGCCAGGCUGUGGGCGAUCUACCUACUUUGGGGAAGGUGCUUAAUAUACUUAAACAAACUCUCAUACCCCUUUCGCUCCUGUACUGUGCUGGCUGUGUACACAGAGACAUCAGCUCAGGGAAUAUUCUUGCUCAUCAAGAAGGCAGGAUCUUGCGGGCCAAAUUGUCAGACCUUGAAUAUGCCAAGAGGUUUCCUCCACCUGAAGAUUAUGAAGCCAACGGUGACGCCAAAACGGGUACUCCUUUUUUCAUGCCUAUCGAAAUAAUGCAAGAAUUUUAUAUAUAUAAUCGAAUCGACAACAAGAACGACAUAGAAUUUGCAAUUCGCGAUCCAUCUCUUUUUGUCGCCAAACAACAACUCGCCCAGCUUGGUGCCCGCAGGAAAAAUACUUCGCAGAACGAUAUGUCUUGUAACUCGGUGAUCUAUAAUUUUCAACAUGAUCUUGAGUCGCUUUGGUGGGUUUUAGUGUGGUCUCUAACCGCACGUGUCAGCCACCAACCUUCCAGGACCUGGGCCAACGAAGUUUUUCAACAUGAUGUCGUGCCUACUUCUGAGAGGAUACGCUUUCUGAGGGCUUCGUCCAGCAUCACGCUUGAAGAUAUCAUGCUCCCAUCAAUCUCAUUUAUGCAUCUCAUGGUGGACUACAUACGAUCUGCCAUGAAUAUUGCGUAUUCAGAACGAGCAAGGGACGACACACUCAGAGACACGCUAUCUUAUGCUAUCAUUGUAGACCGCUUCCAUUUUUGCUUUAAACUACUCGAGAGUGUCGCCGGCUCCGCUUGGGAGGAAACGCCUCUUGUGAUGAACAUCCCCGCUGAUGGCCCCAACUCUGUUCAGCCUGCCGAUGGCGCUACAGCAGCGCCCGGUGCUCCCUCACUUUUUUCUAGUCGUAAGAGACCCAAUCCAGACAUUGGCAAGGCGGCACCCUCAGAAUCUUUUAAACCAGGCCCGACUGACGAAGACGUAGAAGCUACCCUGGAACGGCAAAGGGCUAAGCGCAUCAAAACGCGGGAUGAUCCUAACGCAGGCGGCGGCUCAAAUGCCGGAAGGCAAUCCAACACCGGGACAAUAGACGACAGGGCGUCGAUCCAAGUUGGGCACUAG